CGUUACCAUAGCGACAGAAAUGUCAAAACUCAUAGCUUGUUUACUUUUAAACAACAUUACCUACAAAGUGUUUUUUCUCGCAAAAGCUCUUGAUUUUUAUAGAUUAUUCUGCGAUUUUAAAGAACAAAGAGCUGCAAGAUAUGCACACUUUAUUUCUUAAAAAAAUGUUUACUUAUUUCUUAACCCUGUCCUAAAUUCAACAUUGACUGGUUCUAAUUAGGUUAUGUUUUAUCAAUACCCAUAAACUUUGUAAGUUCGUGUUCUCCUGGUACCGUAUUGUUCCAGUGACCCAAAUAGACUAAUGUCUUUGUCCUAUGAAGCAGAAUAUCAAAGGAUAAACAGCGUCGCGGUUAUGAUUUCAAUCAUAAACUGGAAAAUGAAUUUACCCAAAAGUUUAUCUUUUUGCAGAAUAUUGUGAUGGAUAUCAAGAGAAACGGAAAGAUAUCAAGACAUAGUAAGCCAAAAACUGAUAAGUUAACUCUGUCUGGAAAUUUUACUUCUCAGCAUCGAGCUUUUGAUGUGAUACCCCACUGUGAUAGAGAGAUCAUGAGACAAAAUAUUUUAGAACAGGUUAUGAAGAAGACAGGACAAGUAAGACAAAAUAAAGAUGACGGGAUGUAUGAGGAUCCGAGAGAUAUUAUUGUUACAGAGAAACCCGUAAAACCACCAAGGAAACGUACCGCUCAUACAGUUACUACUACAUCAACAUGUCAGUCUAAAGACAAAAGUCUAGCAAAAGAACAAAAAAGAAAAUUAACAAAAAAAUAUGAAAUACUGGUUACUUCCUUGAUGGAGAAGUGUGAAGAGAAUAUAGCGGUGAUUUCAGAAAAAGACAACCAAAUAGCAAAACUUAAAGACAAACUCAAGACUGUCUUAGAGUACAACAAACUGUUUGCAGAAGAGAAUGACCAACUUAGAAAGCAGUAUGAAGUCGCAUUAAAAUAUGUAGAAGACUGUAAGACAGGUAUUAGAGAGGAGAGGAGUAGAAAUAGAGAUCUGGAAGAGAAGAACAAAGAGUUGGAUGAGAGAGUUAAGAAAUUUGAAAUGCCUGAUAGAGAUAAUUGCGGGUCAACAGCGAUUCCUUUAGUGGAAGUGUGUAUGAGCUGCAGCAGCCGACAGAUCAUACUGAACCAGGCGAGGGAGCAGAAUUCGAGGUUGCAGAAGGACAUGCAGGCGCUCAAGGAUGUCUUGUAUCGGCUCAAUGUUCAAUUGGCGAAUUACCAAGAGAGACUGCGUAGCUCACGUACCGACAGCAAAACAGAAUGUGCCUACAAACCGUCUGAGAAAUAUAACGCCUUUGAUUCUUUGAUAACGACCAGUCUAGUCUAUAAAGGAACCGGUGCAGCUAACGAUGAUGGACAUUCACAGAAGACAGUCUUCGAGGAGCAGCACAGCGCCGGUCGUGUCACCGACCUGUCUGGUCUGCUGAGCGCACAAGCACUGGCACCGCUAUUCGACGCCUACCAAGAUAAUUUACAAGAGAAGGACAAUUUGAUUGUCGAUUACGAGAAGCAGUUCGAGAACAUGAACAAGAAGUCGAAACUGAUCGUUGACGAGAAGAAGGGUCUGAGCGAGAGGGUGAAGGCUCUAGAGAUGGAGCUGGCCGAAACGAGACAGAAAUACAAAAAGGUGCACGUCGAGAAAGAGACGGCCGACAUCGAGAAGGCGACGCUGCUGGAACGCGCCGAGCGGGCGGAGACUAAACUGAAGGAGGUCUUCGAACUUUACGAGAACAAAAUAACGGCGAUGAUGCGCGAUUACGAAACGGUACACCGCGAGUACUUCGCCGUCAAGAACGCUCUGGAAGCUUCCGAGGGCAAGAUGGCGCAGCUCGACGCCCUCCGCGCCCGCACCGUCCCCGCCGACCUGCACGAGCGCCGCCUCGAGCACUGCAAGCGAUUGCUCGAAGAAUUAAAACACCAAUACAACAUGGAGACGGAACGCAAGAACGACCAGCUCGCCAAGAUGCAGGAGCGCGUCGCCGCAGUCGACGACAAAUUUAACAAGCUUAACGAGCAGUAUCAGAGAACCAAACAAGAGCUGGAGGUCGCUUUGAAGAACGUCAGGUUAUACAGGAAAGCGGCCGUUAUAUUCCGUCAGCGCUUAAAAGCGACCACAGCUCGUUUCUCGAAAGCUCGUAACAGCGCGCGGCGCUCACGAACCAACAACGAGCCCCUGAAGCGAGCUCUGAUGGCCUUAGAUAAGAUCAAACAAGAAAUAAAGCUCGUGAAGGCACGCGCGUACUCAUCACUGGACGAGCUGGAGAGACGCCUGUUGUCACAGGAGCGCAGGGCUGCUCACGCUCAUGCGGAGCACCGGAGGGAGCUCGAGCGAGCCUCGCUGGCUCUCGAGCACAAAGAGAAUAUCAUAAGGAACCUCAUUGAUAAAGUGGCUGAUGUGGAGGAAGUCAGGCUGAGUCAAACGAACACGCAGAGGUUACAGGGGGUCGUCUCAGAUUCAUCGGAUGACGAGUCGCCGCUCGAAGGAUAAUAUUGUAAAGGACUCGGAGGAAGUUGCGGAGAGAACAAGAGAUUAAUGUAGACUUCGAAUGCGUUUUAUUUGUUUAUUGCCCAAACGGACAAACGACAGUUGUUAUGUACCGUUGACUUUACAACCUGUGGCCUCAAGAGAUGAGGUCGAUGUCUCAAGGGUACAGUACAGCGGCUGUCUCAAUCCCCGAGCCGGAACGCAUGAUUGCGAAGCGGCAGAGUCAGGUGGGACUGCGGUACCGACCCGUGCCCACAAUACUGACCACGUAACGAGAUUCCGUACACACAAAGGACCGUUGGCAAAACAAGAACAUUAACACUUCGGUCUGCUGUCCAGUAAAAGAGCACAGGCAUAAUUAGUAAUUUUUACUUCGGCUGUGAAAAGGGUACAUUUUUAACUGACUUAAAAAAAAACAGUAGAUUAUCGAUUCGACUGGUUUUUUUCUUCUAUGCUUGUCACUUUAGUAUUUUUUUCAGGUGAACCAAUUAGAUUAGAUGAUUAUUCUUUUAUUUUGAGUACCGUUUAAGUUUCAUAAAGAUCUGACCUGGGGUUUUUGAAGUUCUCUUUCACUUAAGGAUAACCUCAUAAAUUAAGGACCUUAAUAAUGCCUGAAAAAUAGAUUUCGACUAUAUUAAUGAUAUUGUAAUUUUAUUCUGUCGGUUGUCUUUUUUGUUAAUGAAUUUAUUUAUUUAUCAAAAACAUUUUUUAACGUGCUUCUUCGUUUCCAGUUUUUUUUUUAAUUAUAGUUUGACUGUAAUCAAUUGUUAAGUUUGUAUAAAUUUUGAAUGUAAAUUAAGUUUUAUUUCGAAUUAUUAAAGGUACGCAUCAAAAAAAGUUCUAGUCAGUCUAAGCUUGUAAUAUUUUCCACACGUAUGGUCGAAGAAAAACCAACGCAGCGGCCUAGUUGUGCAAUUGACAUUGUCAACGUCCACGAACGACGGUUACCACUUACCAUCAAUUUGAUCGUGUACUCGUUCGUUAUAAUACAUUCCUUAAAAUACACAAAAAAAAUUAAUAUAUGUCUCGAUUAAUUUCGUUGUAACUGUAAUUAAUAAAUUUAAAUAUAAAAAAUCACAAUAAAAAAAUUCGACUACCUACA